AUACUACAUAUUUCCAUUACGGCGCUCUUCAGUUUAGAGGCGCGUUUAGUCGUGUCCCCUGGGACAAAAUUUUAGCUGUGAUGGCGACGAAUUAUCAGCAUUUACAGUGCGCCGAUCUAAAGACUAUAUUGAAAUCAAAAGGUAUUCCUUUUUCAAAUAGAAAUAAGAAAGACUUAGUUGAUUUAUGCGAGGGAGCAGAGGCGUUAAAUUUGCCAGAUAUCGGUCACAAUGAUGUUGAUAAUCAGGCCUCCAUUAGAAGAAGAACGGUCCGUGGAAAAACAUAUCCACACCCAUAUGAUAAUAGCAUCGCUUGGACUCCAAAUCUGGCCAUUAUUCCAUCUAUAGAUGCAUUUGACGUGUCGUCGUUUCUACAAAACUACUGUGGCUGGUCUGUAGAGCGAUUACGUAAUAGGAAAUCCGACAGUGGAUAUAAGCUUCAUUGCUCUGGACACAUAUAUGAUGUCGUAAUGGCUAUCUUAGGUGAAGACAUGUGUUUCAUUAAAGGAAAGUGUGUUCCUGAAACAAGGCAGUCGAAUGAUCCCUAUAUUCCAUGGAUUCUGGUUGAAAAGUCAGGACAUAUAUUUUCAGCAGAAUGCACGUGUGUUGCAGGGGAUGGGUCCUGCAAACAUGUUGCUGCCCUCCUAUUUGGCAUUAUUGAUCACGUCACAUCGAUGGAAGACCGAGGUACCAUUGGUGUCACAGAUACCGCAGCAUACUGGAAUAAACCAAGAAAAGUAUGCAGGCCAGUAGCUGUUCAUGACUUGGAUAUCAGGAUUGACACGAGCGUACCAGAUAGACCACGACCGUCGGAAGAUUCUGGAUAUUUGCCACUUCAGCCAUCAGAUUUGGAUUUAAAGUCUUUAGAGAAGAAUAUUAUUCAAGUACUUAAAAAAAGCAAUACACCAGCAGUGGCCUUGUAUACACUUUCGGAUUCUGAUGAUGGAAAUGAUGUAUCUAUGGGUAUUGAGGACACACCUAAAAAUAUUAUUGAUCUAAUUUCUAUACAUGGUCAAGAAAAUUUAAAAGUAGACGAUUCUUAUGUUAAAAAAGUAAAUGAAUUCACAAAAGGGCAAUCCAUUAACCUUAUGUGGCAGUACCAGAGAAAAGGUAGACUGACUGCUUCAAACUUCUUCAAUGCCUAUCACUACAGAGGUAACAAAGCAGACAACUACAUUGUAAGAAGUAUUAUGGGUCAGUAUCAUUUCACCUCAAAAUCAGUCGAAUAUGGAAAACGAAAUGAAUCUGUUGCUCGAGAGAAAUAUGCUGAUUACAUGACAAGUUGUCAUCCUUCAUUUAAGUGUUCAGAGACAGGAAUCUAUGUUUACAAAGAUUUCCCUUUCUUCGCUGCAUCCCCUGAUGGCAUUUCUGAAUGCAAGUGUUGUAGAAAAGGACUUGUUGAAAUUAAAUGCCCUUACAGUUCUAGAAAUGAAACAUCUCAGGUUGCUAUGUCAAAAAGUUCAUCAUGUGCAAUUGUCAAUGGAAAUUAUGAAUUGAAAAAGAAUCUGUCUUCCCCAUUUUAUGUCCAAAUGCUUGGUCAAAUGGCAGUAUGCAGGUUUUCGCAUUGUGAUUUUGUUUUGUAUACUCAAAAAGAAUGA